CUUCCAUUUCCCGUAUUUGUCUAGGAGUCACAGUAAGUCUCGCGCGGCUCUCGUGCUAUCCCGCGAUUUCCCGUCUGGGCGCCGUCGGAGAGUCUGUUGCCUCCUCCGCUUCCCGGAGUGUCAUGAAUCUCAGUAAUGGUUAGGACUAAGAUGAGACUAAAAUCGGUGCUUCUAGGCUAGUAUUUAUUACCUAAUCAACCAUUGCGCCCAUUCCCGGCGGGGGCCCGCAGCGCGCCCGAAGAUGUCAAACUCCAAGUCCGGUGAGCAGUGCAUGUGGACCACCAAUGGGAUGGUGGUGACGGCCGCCGUCAUUGAUCCCUCCCGCGAUGCUGGUGUCCCAGGGAAGGCCGGUAACGAGGAGACGUACGUGGUGGCCAAGUACGACUACGUGGCCCAGGGCAGCCAGGAGCUGAGCCUGCGAAAGCACGAGCGCCUGGUGCUGCUGGACGACAGCAAGCACUGGUGGAAGGUGCAGAACGCGCAGCGCCAGGCCGGCUUCGUGCCGUCCAACUAUGUGAAGCGCGAGAAACCGUCGCUCUUCGACAGCAUCCGGCGCCGGGUGCGCAAGCGCAGCGAGGCCAAGCUGUCGCCGGCCUCGUCGCCCGUGGCCGCAGACGAGCCGGGCGGCGGCGGCGGGGGCCCGGCCGAGGCCUGUGGCACGGCGCUGGUCCGUUACAACUACGAGGCCAAGCAGGCCGACGAGAUCUCGCUCGUCAAGGGCGGCCGCGUGCUCGUCAUGGAGAAGUCCAGCGACGGCUGGUGGAAGGGCGAGCACUGCGGCCGCCUAGGAUGGUUCCCGUCAAACUACGUCCAGGAGGAAGCGUCCAGCCCGGACGAGGCAGCCACGCCAACCGACGGGCCAGUGGUGUUGGAGACGGUGGUAGCAUUGUACAGCUUUGCCUCGCAAAACGAGGAAGAGCUCAGUUUUACAAAGGGCGAGCAGCUCGAGGUGAUAGAGAAGCCCGAGAACGACCCCGAUUGGUGGAAAGCACGCAACCAGUCAGGUGACACUGGCCUGGUGCCCAAAAACUAUGUGCAGGUGGUGGUGACGCCGUCACCAGCAUCAACCACACCCAAGCCUUCAACACCUGUGCCACAGCCACCUAUAGCACCACGGCCCGAGCUAAAUGCCAAGGAAUGGUACUUUGGCAGCAUCUCUCGCUCCCAGUGCGACCAGGUGCUCAAUGACCACGCGGUUGAUGGGGACUUCCUCAUACGUGACAGUGAGACAAACGUUGGCGAUCUCUCCGUGUCCCUCAAGGCACCGCAACGCAACAAGCACUUCCGCGUGCACGUGGAGGAUGGUGUGUACUGCAUCGGUCAGCGGAGGUUCUCCAAUUUGGACGAUCUUGUGGAGCACUACAAACGGGCGCCCAUCUACACCAGUCCCAAGGGGGACAAGAUGUAUCUGGUGCGGCCCUUUCGCAAACCCUGACCCCGGUGGCUGACGCCGCCAAUCUUUUCUACGAGGCCGAUUCUGGCCCCAGUUUGUACGCGUCUCUCCUACUUACUAGUCAGUGCCGUCGUGCUUGUCUGCCAUUGUAAGGUCUCUUAGGCCUGGCCUACUCAGGCUGUGCUGCGCUCGACGUCCUGAGGAGUUGCACGCUGCUGGUAAGGUGAAGAAGCCUGCUCAGUGCAGGACGAGCCAGCCCCGCGCUGCUGGCAGAUCAAAGUAUGGGAUGCUGCAGCGCUGUAACUCAGGUACUGCAGCAAAGCCUGAAUUGACUGCAGCAGCUUCUGAACAGUGUAAUGUCGUCACACUGUUCCUGUGCAGUGCCGGCCGACACUGCUUCUUAGCAUGGUACUUCAGAGACCUAAGACUGAAGUCGGAUUGGGAAGUAGAUUGCAGAAUUAUAUUAGUUAGUCUCAGGUGCAGCAGGAAAAAAACCAAGGUCUCAUUAUAAGACAAACCUGAUGUAGUUGCAUGAGCCCUUACAUGGAUUCAGCCACUGCAUGCUGAACUGCUUUGGUUGGCUACAAAUGAGUCGAUGUCAAAUUUUCCCUUCUCCACCUUGUGGGAUUCUGCAGAACUGUUCCUCUAUAUUCUCUGCAAGCUACAUGCAUAGGUUAAACACAUUCAUAACACUAGAGUGCUUAUUUGGGCCGGUUGGUACAUGUUCAACGAUACGAGAAACAGCGCAAAACACGGGACAGUCAGUGCUUGGUCCGUCUCUUUCACUGUCCCGUGUUUUGCACUGUUUCUCGCAUCGUUGAACAUUCAUAACAGUGUGUUGAUAAUGAGCACACAUGCCACAGCACAUGCACCUCUAAGCAUUGCUAUCUGACAGCAGCUUACUUCUGUUGGAGGAGGGAGCAGAACAAAUGAAUCUUUUGAGCACAUGGCUGUCUAAAGAGCUCUUUAGCAGUCUUGGAACUCCAGUAGUAUUGGUGAUGGUAGUCGGUGAGCUGCCUUGGGAUGUUUUCUACCGCAGGGUUUCUGAAAAGAGGUAGCAACACUAAUUGUAAUACCAAAGGGUCCUUGAACUGGCUUUGGGCAUUUGCAAACAGAUGCUGUUGAAGUGUAGGUUUUGCGGUGAUGAUUGUGCCUGGAUUACACCAAAGUACUCUGCAAAGGCAGCUGAAAAUUCAAAGACCAAUACUCAGUUCUCCUUAGGGGAGCCAUUAGGGUCGUGAGCGUGAUGAACCCGGGUUUUGGCACCAAUGUAGACUUUGUUCUAAGAUGAACCGGGUUUUAAGGACAAUACGCCUGAAAAGGUAAGCAGCACAUCCCAAUGCUGCCGUUUAUUCCAGCGAAAGCAUUGAUCCCCGUGCCAUGCGCCGUUACCCGUUUUUCUCUUCUUCUAGGGCGCGCCAUGUUUUCGGUUAUUAACAAAUAUCACAUACACACACUUGGUGCUUCUUCGUCAAAUGCAUGUACCUGCCUCGCACACCUAGCUAUUAAUCAAACCAUUUAUUUGAGUAUCAUCAGGGACACCGGGCCCCAGACAAAAGCAACUUAAGUGCGAAUCAAAAGACAGGGUGUUAAAGCUCGACCAGGGUUUCCUGUAAAAUGCAGUCAGUGGAUAUCCACUUUUUGUAAAUAGUCCCUACACAGCAAAAAAGGCAGCAGGAGCUGCCAUGGCUGGAAUUGAAAGGAAGUGGGCUCUGGGCUUUGACAUUGGACGAGGCAGAAGAGAACCUCUGUAUGCACGAGUGGUAGCCCACACCACUGCUUUACUACAUUAAUUUGCUUUUGUGUCGUUGACAACAAGACUUUCUUAAAGAAACCUUGCUGUAGAACACUCCCUGGAUGGCUUUUUACAACUGCUAUACACAGUUACAACCUAAGAAAGAAAUGUCAGCUCCGCCCACAGCCAUCGCUCUCCCUUCCACCUAGGAUUUGCGUGAGUGCUCCAUCAUAUAGUGCUUGCCCAUUUCCGUGAUGUUAAGCACUUCUUGAGUGUGUCAGACUUUCCCCCGUACAGACACACGUUUGUCUCUCUGGUUUUAGGUCGGAAACUUAAAACUUCCUGGUAAAUUUUGUGAGGGACUUUGACAUUGCUGCUCAGCCAGAUGUAAUGUUUUAGGCAGUAACAACGAACCUUUAACUCUUAAUAGGUGUAGUAUUUAUAUUAGCAGAGAAAAAGUACUUACAGUAUUGGAAACCAGCUAGCACGACUAUCUUUCACAGGUGAACGGCAGGCGCACCGCAGUUCUUUAGGCGGAGCUGGCAUUUUUUCUUAGGUUUAACCGAGUGUAGUGUACACUCAAACCUCGAUAUAAUGAACACGGAUAUAACGAAUUAUCAGUUAUAACGAAGUAAAUGAGAAAUAGUCUUGUCGUAGAUACAGGUGUAUGAAUGCACAUUUAUAACGAAAUUUUCGGAUAUAACGAAGUUAUUUUCGUGUCAGAUGUGACUGUUAUAAUGAGGUUAUAGUGUAUAAGCGAAAUUUCCAGCAUGAUCUGGUGAAGGGCCUUUAAGGUCACAAAAAAAAUGGUAUUGAUGAAUGAGACAUUCAUUCCACAGUGCAGUUUUGCAUUGUACUGAAUGGGCUUGUGCUGCUGGCCAGUUGUGUGCGCUGUCACAAAGCGAUGCAGCAAAUUCAAUGCAGCAAAUUCAAUGCAAUAGCACUGGAACAUAGGAAAUGUGCUGGUAAGCAGGAAUAGCUUUAGCAUUCAGAAUGUUUUUGUGGUGAGCAAUUUUCGUAUCAGAGCUUGUGCAUGACCAGCUGAAGAGAUGGAACGAAUAUAUUACAUUUCAUAUUUUGUAAGCACUGGAUUAACCCCUACCCUCAUGUUUGACCACGGGAUGUUUACAUAUAUAAAUGACAUAGGUGUUGCGCGUUUUUUUUUUUUGCUCUUCCUCCGCAUCAUGUCACCCGACAAUCGUGCACCUUGACGAGGGAAUUGAAAUCUGUAGUUCACUCUCGAACACAUUUUUUUACAUACGCAGAUGCUUUGUACCGUUGCAUGUAGGUUUUUUAAAGUACAGUAUGUGAAGCAUUUUAUAUGUAUUGCUGCUUUUGGUUUCCCCUCAAAGCUGUGUAUACUGAAAGGCCGCGCACGUCGGCCAUAGUCACACGUGUAUGUGAUGCAAUCGUAAGUGAGAAGCGAGGUUUAAUGCGAUUGCAUGCAUAAAGAAUAUUACUUUUAGUUUUAUCAUAAUGUGACCUUGUAAGCAUGUGUUUGCAACCUCAGGCUGCGAGUUUAGAAAGGCUGAAUCUGCAUGCAGGAAUGCCAGUAGGUAGGCACCUGUUCAUUGUCUGUCUUGUGCUGCACCCAACUGCUUGUGAGCAACAAGGCCCGGUGAGGGACUCAUGCCCUGCUGCUACGGUUGCACCGCUUUGCACCCUACAGUCACAACCUAAGAAUGAAUAUUAGCUCCGCCCACAGACACUGCUGUUCCGUGCAAAGAAAUUUUGCAUAUAUGCUCCAUCCAAUCCCAUUCACUCAUUACUGGUGAAAUCAAGCACUUCUUUGUUUGAGACAGUUGAUUUUACCAUACAGAUAAAUGUUUUUGUCAGUGGUUUUAGACAGAAAUCUCGAAUGCUCCGACAAAUUUUGAGAUUCUCGCAUCAGUACUCAACCAGAGAAUACUUUACUCAGCGAAGACAAACUUUUAUUUCUCAAUAUGCUUAGUAUUUACAUUAGCAGGGAGAGAGUACUUGCGUUUAAACAAAAACCAGCUACUUGCAUGACUCUUUUACAGAGAUGAAGAGCAGAUGCACCGCGAUUCUGUAGGUGGAGUUCAUACUUAUUCUUAGCUUGAAACCGUCUGUAGAUGCGCGGGCAAAAUUUUUUUUAAACUGUUGCGUAAUGUCAAGAUUUUUCUCCCAUACCUUCGAUUCCCAGUAGUCGAGCCCGGUGCUUUAAAAACAGUCAUGAUCUUAGCGUUAUCUCAGGUGUAUUCUGAAGACCUCAAACUCCAAAUUGCUGGGGGAAAUUGCAUGACAAAAAAAAAUUUUUUUGCGAGUACACUGUGGUGGCAUUUUUCAUGUAGUAAAUUGCUCGCUUUUUGCUGUACGCUGGUGGCAGCAAGUAAUUUCGUGCCAUUAAUCAGUUGCAAGGAUGUUUUUUGUGCUCUUGAAAAAUAGGCUGAAGGUUGUCUGUAUUUCGCAGCUCUAUGCCCCAGACCAGAUUUUCUUAAGGUGCUUGCUUGUCAGGUGUAUCACUUCGUUUUACUGUCAUUUCAUGCGAUUGUUUUCACUCAGUUAUGGUGUCAGUUUGCAGACUAAACCUACAUUCUUGAUAUUUAAUGGAGAAGAAAUGAAGGGCCAGCUGUGCCUUUUUAUAGUUUGUGUCAAGAGUGGUUCCAACCACGCUACAUCGUCGACUUUGUGGUCUUGUUUGCGUAGAGUGACGACAGUUCCGAAGAAAUGCAAAGUUGCGCCUUUACUUACAUUCUGAUACAAUAUAAUCUUUUUCUAUAACAAAGAAUUCACUAGCCAUGAGCAGAUGCUAUUGAAAUUGACGGCACCGUGAUGAGCUGGCGCAGAGAUUUCAAAGUGGCAUCUCUUCCACUCCUGCAUGGUUUCUACCUUAUUGAGGCUGGCUUGAUAUGUCGUAAAUGUGACAUGCCACCAUUGAAUGUGGCUACUUGAAGCAGUAAGCAUGGUGCACGUGCUGGAACAGGCAUACCUUUAUCUCCGUGCUCAGGACGUGUGGCCGUGAAUUCUGCUGGUGCCAUGAUGCCAGUGGACUUUGGUUUUCUGUUUACACAUGCAGUGUUCUCGAGUCAGAUACCGAGACUAGCAGCAUUGUUGCCAUUUUUGACGCAUUUCGCUUGUGCUCUCCUCGGUAUGCUGCAUACGAAAGCUUUUGCUGCCAAAACAAAACACGUAAAAGAAAUUUUUUUCCAAGCUAAGUGGCCUGUACGAGCAUAGUGGAAGCAAGCACUUCCAAUCACGAUCGCUGCCAUUUAGUGUGCCAGAAACCUACCAGGAGCCAUGCAGCAGUGGCAGCAUGGCGAGACAUCGGGUCUGUUCUGAGCUUUACUCUCAGCGUUUCAAUAGACUCGUCACAUGAGCACAGCCAGAGCAGGCCAGUCUGGGAGAUCUCCCCCUACUCUUCCUCCCCUCCUCCCUCUGCUGCGGCAGCCUGAACAUUCCACACAAAGGUCCCACAGGCUGCCGGAGGUGCAGCGUGCGUGCAGCUAGAGGCCUCCCAUCUCAUCUGCCUGCCUGCCUGUCCAUCCCGAGGCAGUGCUCAAGGGCGAGGCAAACACACAAGGCUCUCUUGAAAUGCUCUAACCGCAUUUAUGAGGCUGUCUUAAUUUAUUUGAAGGAUUGUAUGGUGGGGCUGUGUGUGACACGGUAAAGAUAAGUAAAGCAUGUGAAUGAGUAACAUUUAUUUUGCUCUGUGUGUGACUUGAAAGGGUUUGACGACUCUGAAUAAAAAGUACAAGCCUCUGUG